AUGGUUGCCCCUUCCUCGCUCCCCGCGACGGUCGCCCUGCCCCCUCCCUCCAACUACGCCUUCUCCCUCUCUGCCAAGCCUCAAUCCCUCUCCUCCGCUCUCCGAUGCUCGAGCCCUCCCGCCUCCCUGCGCUCCCGCGCCCCCGUGGCCGCCGGGAAGGCCUUUCGUUCCGAGCAAACCCUAGACGCGACGGAGGUCGAUGAGAUACCUGCGGUUGCUGCAAUUCCUCUCGAUGUUAACGCCGAUGCCGACAAGUUUAUCUUUAGUGGUGAAUCAGCAGGCUUUCUUAAAAGGCCGAUAAUACAAAUUUCUUCAAGCCAAAUUGAAGUUUCCAGUGCAUCUCAACAGAAGGUAGUAAUCAGAAACACUCAUGGAGAGAAUCUUGUUGGAAUUUUACAUGAAGCUGGUUCUUGGGAGCUUGUGGUAUUAUGCCAUGGAUUUCGAUCCUCUAAAGAAAGCAAAACUAUUAUGAACCUUGCUGAUGUACUUGUAUCUGAGAAUGUCAGUGUCUUUAGGUUUGAUUUUGCUGGGAAUGGGGAUAGUGAUGGUUCAUUUCAAUAUGGUAAUUAUUGGAGAGAGGUCGAAGACUUGCGGGCCAUAAUUCAAUAUUUCUCAAGGCAGAAUCGUGGAGUGCAUGCCAUCGUUGGGCACAGCAAAGGGGGAAAUGUGGUUCUUUUAUAUGCUUCUAAGUUUCAUGAUAUUUCUACUGUUGUUAAUAUAUCCGGCCGUUUUACUUUGGAGAGAGGCAUUGAUGACCGUCUAGGGAAGGAUUUUAUGGAAAGAAUGAAAAGGGAUGGAUUCAUCGACGUGAUAGACAAGAUGGGAAAAUUAGCCUAUCGGGUGACUGAACAAAGUCUGAUUGAUCGCCUAACCACUGAUAUGCAUACUGCAUGUUUAUCAAUUGACAAGAAUUGCAGGGUCUUGACAGUUCAUGGUUCAGAGGAUGAUAUUGUGCCACCAGAAGAUGCCUCAAAAUUUGAUAAGUUGAUCAUGAACCAUAAGCUGCACAUCAUAGAAGGUGCUGACCACAGAUUCAUAUCACACCAAUUUCAUUUGGCUAGAAUAUUGUUGGAGUUCAUCAGACCUAGUCAAGAUGAGGAUGGUGCAGCAGCAAAAGAGCAAGCCUAACUAGAUUGAAAAAGAAUGUUCACACCUCUUUAUGCACUGAAGAUUAUGAGAAUUAAAAAUAUUGGGUUAAUGGACAAACAUUAAUCUAUUCAGCAUGUCUCCUAAUAGAUGUUUAGAGAGCUCUUACAUUAGGUGUUGGGCAAAUCUUUUGAUGACUUGAAUCAUCAGGUCUUUUUCUGCUAAAGAAUAAAUUGGAGAACAUUAUAUGAUUGUUGCUAGACUUAUAAUAAGAUGUACUACUGGGCGCUUUUAUUUACUUUUGGUGAAAGCUUCCUGGCGAAUUUAAAUAUACUAGUUCAUUUGGGUUUUCUAUCCUGCCGUGGGAUCUGGAAUUUGUUUGAUCCGCAUCUGGCCCAUGACAGUCUCCUUUGGGUUGUCAACCAAGUGCUAAGAUGCAGUAAAAGUUGUUCUGGAGGCAAAAUGUUCUUCCUUUCCUCACCUCUUCUCUAUGGCUUCAGUGUAGUAUUCAAAUACCUCAACGAUUGGGAUCUCUUGUACUCUCCUAUUGAUGAAUCUAUGAGGUCUCUAGGCAUAUGAAUGCCUGAAGAGCUUGCAAUCAAUUGAUGAUUCUGGUUGAUGUUCCAGCAGGUGUAGUUGUGGAGAUCAAGCUUAUGAUACCAACUGGAGGUUUCUUUUGUUACAGCAGGUGUUAGCUGUGGAGAUCAAGCUGGUGAUACCAACAUGAGUGAACAGAAGAGGGUAAGUUCUCGAUGACACCAGGCCGCAGCAGUAUGGCGUUAGAUUUGAUUGGCGUUCCUCUGUUGGCCUGUGAUAAGAAACAAGGUGUGAUCAGAACUCACAUGUAGGUCAGCGUGGUAAGGAAAACUGCACUUGUUUCAGUUGUUGGCCUAUUAACUCUGCUUACAGGAUCAUGGAAAGGCAGAGUUUUUAGCUGCACAUUACUCAAGUGGACGCAGCAAAAGAAUGAAAACCAUUCUGAAGGAUAAAUGAAGGAGAACAAAGCUGCAGUAGCUUCGUGGAGUCAGGUAAUAUAAUUUUGAAGCAUAAAUCACCAGAGUUUAAAUGCAAGCAUUUGUUGUGUCCAUCUCAUAUCGUACUCUUUGGAGAAUGUUUCAUGUCAUAUGUGUCAUGUGGUCCUCGAAACCACCACAAUGCAUCAUUGGUCCCAAAUAGAUGAGCCACCCCAUGAGAUCAAUAAGGCCUUAAACGUAUAGGUUACCGAUAUUAAGCAUGGGAUCUUGUUGACCUAACACACAGAAGAUGAUCCCAACCAAUGGUCAAGCAGGCAUAAAAACAAAGGCACCCAACCAAACCCUCACCUCCCUCACAGUAAGAGGACAGGCAAAAUGGCUCAGGACUUGGAGCCGAGGGCUCAGGUGCAAGCACAUCCUGCCUGCCAUUCCCAGCUAAAAACCCUCAGCAGUUAAAGCCUCAAUGACUCUAUAGAGAGAGAGAGAGAGAGAGAGAGAGUAGUUGGGGGUCCUCUUUGGAUGCCUCACCCCCUCGGCCCUUUUCUCCAUGUAUUUCCGUGCUUGUCUUGUUGCAUCCUUCCCCCUCAAAGAAUCCAUUAUAUAUGUAUAUAUGUAUAGUUUCUUUUUCUCUGGUGGCGACACCCACCCACGCCUCAACUCCUCCGAUCUCCAUCUUUUUGUUUGUUUGUUCCAUUGCUUUCUUGUGAGCACUGUGCAGCCAGCCAGGUACAAGACGCCAACGCCACCUUGGGCUGCUCCGGCUUGUGUCUUACCGAGGUUUUGGAAGGGCAAUAAUGGGACCUGCGACCUUCUCGGCUACGUCUCGGUCGAUUUAUAUGAUGGACUCACUGUGGGGAGGACUGCAUGGGUGGGUGGGACUCCGUGGCCUGGGCAUGUCAGGGCGCUGUUGACCCACCUUGUUCUACAAGCACCAUUUUAGGGGCCUGUUGUUGACUUAUGCUCCACGAAAUUAAUAUUUUGGCAGUGAUUCCAGCGGGUA